AUGGAGCAAGAACUUCUGUCGCUCCUGGCGGACACCCAGUCCUCCACGCAGGGCAAGAGGCAAGCUGCGGAGCUUCAACUGAAAUCCCUCUACUCCAAUGAAGCCUUCCCCAUCUCACUCACAGCCAUUGCCUCCCACGAGUCUGUCCCCGUCAACCUCCGCCAGUCCGCCCUCUCCGUCUUGCGCGCCUUCAUCGGGGUCGGCUGGUCCUCCAUGCUCGACGAUUUCAAGGGUCAUGUGCUUGUCAACGACACCAACAAAGCGCAAAUCCGCCGCGCGCUGCUCGAGCUCGCUACAACCACCGAGACCCCCGAACGCAAAGUCAAGGCCUCGGCCAGUUACGCCGUUAGCAAGAUCGCCAGCGCCGACUUCCCGGAUGACUGGCCGGAACUCCUGCCCGCGUUGCUACAGAUCAUCAACGACGCCUCCACUAGCGAUAGCGCCCUGCACGGGGCUCUGAAGGUACUUUUGGAUCUGGUUGAUACUGGACUCAGCGAGGAUCAAUUCUUCAAUGUCGCCCGCGAUCUCGUCUCCUCCCUUUUCGCCGUGGCCACCUCGGAAACUCGUCGCCCUAUGAUGCGAGCUCUCUCGGUCGCGGUUUUCCGAUCAUGCUUCGACACAUUUGAAAUGGUUUUGGAACAACACAAGGCGGCCAUUAAACAAUUUGUGGAUGAGUUGUUGGGUGGGUGGUCGCCCUUCUUCGUCGCGACCCUGAAGGCACCCCUGCCCCAAACUCCCUCCGAGGAAGAUGCCAACAAAGAGGGUGAGGUUGCGUCGCAAUGGCGCGGGAUCAUUGGAUUAAAGAUUCAGGUUGUCAAGACUCUCAUGAAGAUUCGUGGAGUGUUCCCCGGUCUCCUGACAGCCCAGAGCCCCGCCUAUUUUUCAACCGUUUGGGAUGAACUUACCAAUGCCUUUCCGGUCUAUCAAAGCUUCUAUAUUGAUGACGAGCGCCAGGGCCGUUUAGAGGAUGUGGAUGGUCUCCCCUACUCGCUUGAUUUCCUCGUCUUGGAGGAGUUAGAUCUCAUUCAAACCCUGCUCAAGGCGCCCCCAGUUAAAGCAGAGCUCCAGCAGCAAUUGCAGAAUGCCGGUGCGGCUGCGGGCUCCUCUGGCUGGCUGGUUGAGAUCAUGAAGCUUUCCAGCUCCUAUGCACAGAUCACCAUGGAAGAGGAGGGCCUCUGGGAUGUCGAUGUGAACCUGUUCCUGUCGGAGGAGACGUCGGUUACGGCCAACUACACACCCCGGUCCUGCAGUGGUGAUCUAGUGAUCAAGGCCGGUGAAUGGCUGAAGGAAAAAGCGGCCGAGGGCAUGCUGAGCUAUAUGAACAGCCUCUUUGCUGACAACUCUUCUUCAUGGAAAUCCCGUGAAGCGGCUCUUUCCAUCCUGAAUUUCCUGCUCCGGGACUUUGGCGAAGUAUCCCAGGAGAUCUCUCUCGAAUUAGCCAAUCAUUUUACCCAAUUUGUCAACUAUGCACUCCAGCAGGAGCAGGAGCUUCUCCGUGCACGAGGCUAUCUCGCAGCCGGUGCCUUGGCCCGCGUUGCAGGCCAAGGAUUCCAGCAGAACACUAUGACUUAUCUGGAGGCGACUCUCAAGGCGAUCGCAGAAGACCCUUCGGAGGUGGUCAAGGUUGCUUCCAUCCGAGUCCUGCAAGAUCUCGUUCUGUCCCUGCCCAUUAGCGUGGCUCGUCCAUUCCAGACGACCGUGAUCAACGCCAUCUCGGAGUUCGUCUCGGCGCACGACCUGCGUGAACAGUCCGACUGUGACGACCUGAAAGUGACGCUGGCGGAAACCCUGCGAGACACCAUCAUGGCCGAUCCGAGCGUGGUCUUGUCGUCGGUGGCCAUCGAUGUUCUCUUCAACAUCGCCAGCAGCGGUGCCGAGAACUUCCAGCUAACCAUGACCGUCACCGAGGCCUUUGAGGACAUUGUAGACCAGAUAACCGAGCACGGCCCCGAGGCCUACAUGCGCCUUUGCGAGAAGGUGCUGCCUUCCCUAAUGGGCGCCAUCGACGUCGGCAGCAUGACCGAGGAGAACGCCCUGACCAACUUUGCGGCCGAUCUGCUUCGAGCUCUAGCCGAGCGUAGCUCCGAGCCGAUGCCUCCUGGCUUCGUGGAGACGGUGAUGCCCAAGCUCAACCGUCUGCUACUGGGCUCUACCGAGGCCGAGCUGAUCCGGCCCGCGACCGAAGCCGUGCGCCAUAUGCUCUCGCACGACUUUGCACAGGUCUUGGCCUGGCGCGAUCCCCAGUCCGGCAAGGAGGCGCUCGAGGUCGUGCUGGUGAUCAUCGACCGACUUCUCGGCCCGGCCGUGGACGACAAUGCGGCCGUCGAGGUCGGCCAGCUGGCCGCCGAGUUGGUGGAGAAGGCUGGCUCGGAGCGCCUUGGCCCUUACCUGCCCCAGCUUCUGCAGGCGGUGGCCCAGCGCCUGGCAACCGCGGAGCAGGCACAGUUCAUCCAGAGUCUAAUUCUGGUGUUUGCCCGGCUAACGCUCAUUAGUCCACGUGAAGUCGUGGACUUCCUCGCGCAGGUCAACCUGGGCGGCCAAAGUGGCCUCGCAGUGGUACUGAGCAAGUGGCUGGAGAACUCGGUUAACUUUGCCGGCUACGACGAGAUCAAGCAAAAUAUCUUUGCGUUGGCGCGGCUGUACGAGCUGUCGGAUCCGCGUCUGGCAGAGGUGCCAGUCAAGGGCGAUCUCAUUAUCCAGGACACGGGUCGCAUCAAGACUCGGUCGCAGGCACGCACCAACCCCGACCGGUAUUCUACGGUGGCAGCGCCCUUGAAGAUCAUCAAAGUGCUGGUGGAGGAACUAUCUGCGGCCUCAGGCAACAAAGCGAUUGACGCCGCUCAAGCGGCGGCCCUGGAAGAUGCGGACAGUGACGAUGGUGAUGACGAUUGGGAGGAUGUGCCGGGACAAGUGCUGGAUUUGGGAUUGGGAAUGACCAAGCAGCAGCUGAUGAGCUUCGGCGAGGGUGGAACGGAGAGUGUAUUCGGCGUGCGACAGCGGGAUGACGAAACGCAGGCCUUCCUGACUGACUUUUUCCGGCGGGCGUCGACGCAGCCGGGAUUCCAGGGAUUAUACGAGGCACUGACCGAGGACGAGCAGGCCAAGCUGCAGAACCUAGGGUAG